AUGUCUGAACCCAGUGAAAAAGACUUGGAUAUCCAAAGAAGACCAAAUCCAAAAGGUUGGGUACCACCAAGAGCUCCGUAUAAUCCAUAUGAUCCAUGGGACAUUAGACCACCUGAAGGAUACCCUUCUGAGUUCAAUGCACCACGUAAAUCUCCUAAGGGAUUUUCCUCCGUACCUGCUGAAAACACUCAAUAUGGGAAAGUUAAUGACACUAUGAAUAGAUUGAAUUAUUCCCCUCGUCCAAUGUCUGACUUAUAUCCUGGUCAAUAUAAGGUGUUGAGAAGAGUCGAUACCAAUCGUAGGUUAUAUUUGGGAUCAAGAUAUUUUGGAUUAUUUAUAACUGUUUCUGCUUUUACAUACGCUGCAUUCUUUUAUAGAUGGAAUGGAGGUUCAGAAAAUGUGUUUUCUGAGUUCUACAGAUCAAGAUUAAGAUUGAAAGAGAAAUAUGUGGGAUUGAAUGAAGAAGAGCAUGAUGAUUUGUAUCAUCAGAAAGAUUCUGGUGUUAGAAUUAAAGGUGUUAAAGAUAGUCAAUAUAUUCCUGAUUCUUUGAGAAAAACUCCUGAGAAUGACUUGGUAUUGAGUAGACCUUCGGAAAAACAUAUAUUGGAAGCCGAAAGAAUACAGCAACAAGAAGAAGAAAGAAUGUUGAAAGAAUUGGAUUAUCAUGAAAAGUAUUUGCAAGAAUAUAUGCAGAAAAAUCCAAUUGUCAACGAAGAACAACCUCAAGAAUUACUAGAUGCCACCAGAAAACCUAGGAAGAAAUGGCUUGGUAUAUUUUAA